UGUAAAUGAUUAUAACAAUACUUUUUUACAGCUCGAUCAAUGAAAGCAAGUGGAAUUGGUCGCCUGCUUGUUACCAUCUUGGAGGCAACAGAGCUAAAAUCCUCCAAACCAAAUGGAAAGAGUAAUCCAUACUGUGAAGUGACCAUGGGUUCUCAGUGCUACACUUCCCGAACCAUCAAUGACACUGUCAACCCCAAGUGGAGCUUCAAUUGUCAGUUUCACAUUAAAGACCUGUAUCAAGAUGUCCUCUGUAUUACGAUUUUUGAGCGGGAGCAAUUUUUACCAGAUGACUUUUUAGGUCGCACUGAGGUUCCUUUAGCCACUAUUAAGAAAGAACUUGAGAAUAAAGGUCCGUCCACUAGGAGGCUGCUGCUUCAUGAAGUUCCCACUGGAGAGGUUUGGGUUCGGCUCGACCUGCAGCUGUUUGACCACAAAGCCCCCAAAUGAAGAGGAGAGAGGAUGUCCCUUCAAAACUGCACAUCAAGUACAACUUCUCACCACUAGCUUCUCAAGAUUUUCAAGACUGACCUUUGCCUUAAAAUGUUCUCAACUACUGUGGAGCGUAGUAAUGAAUGUGUGACCAUAAGGAAGACAAGUUAACGUUCACACCUUUGCCAAGUUUAGAUUUUUGACCAAGUGACAUAGGAAUGAAAAGGGAGAAUUUGGGAUUUUUUUUUUAAUUGCCUAAAUAAUUUACCACUGGAUGUAGAGAUAUCUCAGGACCUAUAUUUUGCUUCAAAUAUACUGUCUUUAUUGCUGUACUGAAAGCUAGAUUUGUUAUAAUCAUAACUUGCCUAGAUCUGAAGUUGAUGAGAACUUGUUUUGAACUUGAAUAUUCUCAUCAGCAACACUAAACCUUGUGGUGUUGUUUUUUAAUUAAUUAUCCGUCUGCCUUACCUGCCAGUUCAUCCAUUUAACUUCACCAUGAUAGAAUUAAUUUGCACCAGCCAGUUGAUCCUCUAUAAAAUCUUAUAACAGCUUAUUAGCCUGUGUAACAUGGAAGGAACUUUUCUGCAGAGCUUACUAGUUUUUAUGUACGAAGGUACGAAUGAGGUGAUUAACCAGGGAUGAUUGGUUAAAGGUCUAAUCUCUGUUGAUUUUGUGUGCUUGACUGAGUUUUAUUUAUGUUAAUUUAUGCGUCUUGGACUAUCUGCACAUUUUACGCUGCCUACUAUAUCUGGACUGCCAUAAAGCAUUCAGAUAAUAAGGUCUUAAUAUUGUAUAUUUUUGCAGAGUUGUAGUAUGAACGUUUACUCAAGAGACGGAGUUGCUGAGUUUGUCUCUUAGGUUUUAUUUGUUUUAGUUUUAAAUAUAAAUGUAAUAAAGUUUGAGUAUUU